UCAGGAAAUGUAAUUGCUAGAGCAGAACUUUGCCGACAAGAGUGCGUGGCGAAGGAUGGGCGAGAUAUAGCAUUAUUAGCUUAUAUAGUAGGAUGGACUCGAGCACGUGCCUGGAGCUGGCCCUCGAGGGUGAGCGGCUCUGCAAGGCUGGCGACUGUCGGGCUGGCGUGGCUUUCUUCGAGGCUGCCAUACAAACAGGCACAGACGACCUCCGCACCCUAUCCGCCAUCUACUCUCAGUUAGGCAACGCUUACUUCUACCUGGGGGAGUACGACAAGGCCAUGGAGUACCACAAGCUGGACCUCACCGUCGCCAGGACAAUGGGAGACCGUCUAGGUGUGGCCAAGGCAUCAGGGAACUUAGGCAAUACACUGAAGGUGAUGGGCAAAUUCAAGGAAGCUAUAUGUUGCUGUGAGCGCCACCUCUCUAUAUCACAGGAGCUUGAAGACAAGGUUGGAGAAGGACGAGCUCUGUAUAACCUGGGUAAUGUAUACCAUGCUCAAGGUAAACACCUGGGACGUAUAGGGCCGCAGGAGCCUGGUGGAUUUAGUGACGAAGUUAAACAUUGUCUUCAGAAAGCUGUAGAAUAUUAUGCUGCCAAUUUGCGCUUGAUGGAGGAACUCAAUGACCGAUCAGCUCAGGGUCGGGCGUGUGGAAAUCUGGGGAAUACCCACUACCUCCUGGGAAAUUUUACUCAGGCUAUUAGCUACCACAAUGAGAGAUUAGCCAUUGCAAAGGAAUUUGGAGAUAAAGCAGCAGAGAGAAGAGCACACAGUAACUUAGGGAAUGCUCACAUAUUUCUUGGAGAGUUUGAAACAGCGGCUGAACACUAUAAAAAAACCUUACAGUUGGCCCAGGAACUCGGUGAUCGUGCCGUAGAAGCCCAGGCAUGCUACUCUCUUGGUAACACAUAUACACUUUUGCGAGACUAUCCUAUGGCCAUCCACUAUCACCUACGACAUUUAGCUAUAGCAGAGGAAUUGACAGAUAAAGUCGGGGAAGGACGGGCAUGUUGGAGUUUGGGAAAUGCAUACUCGGCCACAAAUAAUAAUGAGAAGGCUCUUCAUUAUGCUACUAGACAUUUAGAAAUUUCUAAAGAGAUUGGAGACAAGACAGGUCAAGCAGCAGCACAGAUGAACCUCAGUGACAUACGAAAAGUUCUCGGGCUUCCUCCUACUCCAAUUGAUUCAGAGUCUUCUGAAUCUGCUGAAGAUGCCAAAUCAAGAACUCGGAGGAAGUCUAUGGAAAAUAUGGAUCUUCUCAAGAUGACGCCCGAUGCUAAAGGCGUACUUCGGAAAUACCAGAGUGAAGAUGCUGGUAUUGGCUCACUGUCCUCUGAUGACUCCCAUCCCGUAAAUGGCCCCUCCUUCAACACUAGUUCUCAUGCUGAUAAAAAUACAUCGGUGAAUGAAGAAUCUAGCAUGGACGAUGAGAGUUUCUUUGAGCUUCUGUCCAGGUUCCAAAGUAAACGGAUGGAUGACCAACGGUGUACACUGUCUAUUGAUAGUAACAAAGAGAAUCAGCCAGAGCAAGCCCAGCAGCAGGUGCCUACCCACAGGGAAGGAGGAUCCCUUUCAUCUAAUGGAUCUACAAAUGGCACAACCACCCCAUCUGAUAGUGGUGCAAGAAUGGAACUUCCUCCUCAACCCGAAAUAAAACAUGAUAAUUGUGGAGUUUUGGAAGAACUGAUGGAGAGUAUUGCAGGCAUGCAAAGUCGACGAAUGGAUGAACAGAGAGCAUCAUUACCUCAGUUACCAGGUUUGAAUAACCAACAUGCCAUCCUUCAACGAUUGUCUGUAGCCGCCAGUGAUUCAACACCUCUCCCAGAUGACAAUUUCUUUGACAUGCUUAUGAGAUGUCAGGGUUCCCGUAUUGAGGAUCAACGCAGUUCCCUUCCAAAUGAAGCUUCCCUUACUCAGUCAGCUCCUACUGUGCCUGAUGAUGAUUUCUUCUCUCUAAUAAUGCGAUUUCAGUCUGGUCGUUUAGAAGAUCAGCGCUCUACCAUGCCCCUGGAGGCCACUCGAAAUAGUGCACACCCAACUGCUGAUGAAGAAGAACCACCCAAUAGUGCACAGUCUACAGGGGCAAAAGAUGGACUAGUUAGUAGAUUGGUGAAAGGAAGAAAAUAAAAGAGAUAAGUAGCUUGAAGUAACAUAUAGUAAAAUGUUUCUUCCAUGUUAUGGGCUGAGAUUCAUUUAUAAUGGUGCAUAUCUGUGUAUGGUGGGUUUCAUUAAGAGUUCAUGCUAUUUCUAGCUCAUCCAAUUUUAUACUUAAUUUUUACCCCAUUGGACUAUAUACAGGAUAUGCUGUAUGCAUUACAAAAAUAUUUAAGCCUUCUUAUGGUUAAUAUCAGAUAUAAAAAAAUCUUAGGCUUAGAUAGAUCAUGUAUGAGGAGCUCCAGACCAAAAUGUUAAGUGCCAAUGCAGAAAAUGGAGGAAAAUGCUCAGGUAGGAAUUUGUGACAUACAAUAGUCUUUUCAGAGGACUGUCACCCACAUGUACAUGUUCUCAAUUGGCUCUCUGACUUACCCAGGAAACAGAGGAGAGAUUGAGGAAUACAAUGCAAUACAUAACAUGUUUCAGCGUUAUAUGGCUUUUAGCAGGUUAUGGUCCAGAGCUCCUCAUAUUUGACUUGUCAUUAUACAUGUAACAAACCUAUAAUAUGGCAUAUAACCCAGUUAAGCAAUAAUGAAUAUUUAUUUUGUGAAAAAUAAUUAAAUUUAUUUUUAUUUUUUUUAUUGGGAUGUUAUGUGAUAUAUAUAUAGGGCUUAAAAUUCAGAAUGAUACAUAUGGAGUACAUUGAAUUCUUAGCCCUCAGAGGUGCACAUGACAAUCCCUUGUAGUAUAUGAGCACCAAACAUAAUUUCAGGGCUCCCAAGUUUGUGAACUUGUAGUUGUAUAUACAGUAUAUAAGAGUCAUGCUACUUUAGCAGAAAACAUAAUUUUUAUUUCACUGUAACCGUAAGGUUCAACUUGCUAUUUUAUAAGUCAUUACAAUUGACAUUUAAGAAAUAUGAAAUUGCAACAUGAAUAGAUUUUCUCAAAAUUUAGGGGAACUGUAAGAAAGUGUUAUGUAUACUAUAAGUGUAAAUUGUGUAUAAACUGGCGGGUACUCUCAGUGUGAAUGUAUGAGUUUGAGCCAGGGUGUAAGACUGGAUAUAUUGAAAUAUUGUUGGUUGCAUAAUGGCUUUGACCAUUUCCAAAGGUUUCCAGAUAAUAAUGGUUAUUAAAGGCAAAAUAAGGAGCAGUAAUCUCCAGUCACUGUGGUUUGUCAGUGAUGAAGUACUGAGAAUUGUGUUCUCCUGUAGCAUAUCAUAUUUAUAUAUCUGUGCUCUUCCAUUGUACAUGUGUGCAUGCCACCUUAAAGUCUCUGUGUGUAUUCUAUAAUUCUGUGAUGAGCAUCUCUUGUGAAUAUAUUGUACUCUUGCCAACCAUGUGCAAGUUAGCACUUUGUGACCUGAUUUACUUCAUUCUUAUAUACCUGCUCAUUAGUGGCACUUUUAUAUGUCUGUGUGCUCACUAGUGGCACCUUUCAAGUUUAUUUUGUACUCUGGAUAAACAAGAUGAUAUAAUAUGAAGCCUCUUGACUGGUGUCAGUGCUGUAUUCAAUAGGCUAUUAAGUUAACCUGUUGUAAAAAGAAAUUUGCAAAUGAUAAAUUGUGUUUCUGUAUGUACAGUACUUAAUCACAUUUAUUCUGUUGUGAAAGUUAAUGCUAAAAAUUAGGUAUGAUCAAGUGUGAAUGCAGUCGCUAAUCUGUUACUGUAUUUAUGGGACUCCAUAUUAGUGCUCAGAAACGAGUGCUGGGUGUGAAGUUUAUUAAUUCCAGAUGUCUUUGGUAUUGGUCAGGGAACUCAGAAGUUUAUUUCCCCUAAGUAAUGUACAGUCCCCUUCACUAAUGCAUUUACAGGGGGUCGUUAGGUUUUGUGCAAUGUGGCAGCCCUGUGUUUGUUUACAUUCAACAGAAAGAAACUUGCAAUAGUAAACAUAUUAAAACAAAUAUCUCAGAGAUAAUGAUUUGUGGAAUGUUUAUAUGACGAGCCCUUGUAAAUGCACUAGUGAAGGGGGCAGUACAUACAGUAAUAUACUUCGUUUAAAAUUACCAUAGUAUUUAACCUAACAAGCAAAAGUACCCAAAAAGUCAACAUAUGACAACAUCUUUCAUAAUUAAUACAGUUUCAAUAUUCAGCAAGUUUGUGUAAUAUGUUAUAUGCAGUUAUUAACAAGGUUUACUAAAUGAUAGGCAUUUUCCUCUAAAGUUGUGUGUGGAAAAUGUUUGUCCAUUUCUCAGUCAGCUGUUAGACAAUACAGAUAUCCCUCGUUUAGCACUAAUUCACUUAACGUUAAUACAGUUAAGCGAUAAAAAAAUUUACACCUUUUCUCACUUCACAUCAGUUGAAAAUUUGGUUUAGUAAUAGCUUGACUCACUGGAAAUGGGAAAAAACUGGGGACGAGGUGGCCUGUGAGAUGGAAUGUUGCCAUUGUUACAUGUUAUGGCUUAGAAAUAACGAAAAUGUAAAACUAUAAAAUAAGGCAAAUGAAAAGCAUGGGUGUGUAUGUGUGGGAAGUGAAUACAUGUAUGACCUCCUGGAGGCAGUGGGGUGUAACUGCAGUGCUGACUCGCCACCCUCCUGCACUCCAUCCCCCAAUGUGACGUCACGGCGCACGCACACACACACACACACACACACGUCUUAAGAGUCAGCUGGGUUACUGCCCAGCCGAGCUGUGUUACAUUGCCCAGAGGAUGGUGUUAUUGUAUUUAUGAUGUGCUAUGUUUGCAUUUUAUUGUUUAUCAUAGCAAUUUUGUUCAUUUUUGACAUAAGCAAUUUGAAAUUUGUUGAAAGUAGGCUCACCUUUCCCCACUAAAUCAUUUAACUCUGAACCACAUUGCUUAUAUAGAAGUUUCAUGUUAAUAAAUCAAUCUUUUAAAUUCGAAACUGUUUAUAACAAACUCAUUUAUUAUUAUUAGUAGUAGUAGUAGGAAAGCUGUACUCAUUGUUUACUGCCCUGCUGUUUGAACCUGUUGUUCACCCUCCGUGCUUUGUUGUUAUUCCUCGUUUAGUGAUAUUUUAGCUUAACAUUAGGGUUUUCAGGAACACAACCCCAUUGUUAAACAAGGGAUAUCUGUAUUUCUCAUGUGAUGGGAUCAGAGCUAUAGAGCAAUGGCAUUUCCAUUCGGGAAACUAAAAGAAAAUUACAGUAUACAACAGUUAACUAUACAGUCGAUACUCAAUCAAAUGGAAGAAAAUUAAUCAUAAUAAUAUUUUCUUGUACUGUACCUGUAUAGAUGUGUGUAAUACUGUAAUGUAUACACACACACACACACACUUGAAAAAAUUCUUAGUUAUGCAGUACUGAGAUACACAUUGAAAACACUUCAAGGCUAACAAUUUCCCAAGUAUAAAAACUAAUUUCGUUGCUUUUAAACUUACCAAUGGAAAAUCUUAAAAAAAUAAUCUCAAAUCCUAGGAUGGGAAACAAAGGGUUGGAUGUACAAUACUUUAAAAUCCUUGGACUGUCCAUUAACCACUCGUGUAUGGGAUCCUCUCUGUGCUGAAAAAAAUUGUUUGGCUUUUGCCAAAUAUAAAAUUAAAGGUGAUGUCCCCAUUGUGAAGGGGUUAAAAAGUUUUUGCAUCAUUAUAGUGAUAUUCUUAUACAUUAUAUAUAUUUUCUCAUUUACAGCCAUGUAUAUCAGAAGCAAAUAAUGUGAUUAUCUAUAAAUGUGCAUUUUAAUUUCGUCACAGGUUUUAACUUACUAUAAAAAAUAUAUGGAAAUUUUGCAUUCAUCCCAUGUAUUUGUUUAUUAAAAAUGAUAUCACUAAACCUCAUGAUAAAAAUCUGUUACAUUAAACUACAUUUUUGUAAGAAAAUCACCAUUUUUUUUUUAUGCUGUUAAAUUCUGGAAUAGUGUAAUGCAUAGUACUGUAUAUUGUCAUAGACCUUCUGAACAUGCAAUGUAUGCAAUUCAUACUUUGAUCAUGGAAAAACAUGUUGUAGUAGAAAGAUUUAUUCUGGAAAGUUUUUCCAUUGAAGGGAUAUGGAAAAAUGGUGUUAAUGAAGGUUUUAUCAAUGAUAUUGAGUGGAUUAGUAGUUGUGGUUGAAUGAAUUGCUGUCAAAUGUUGGAGUCAUAGAUAAAAAUAACAUCAUAAUUCUCCACGCCUUUUGGAAUUGUGCUGUCGUAUGGGAUAAGGCAUGUAGCCUCUAUAGUGGAGCUUAAUUAAAAGUGAAGGGCAAUGAUGGAAAGUGUCAUUACAGCAAGUUCCCGAUAUAAUGGACUAAUGUGGGGUGGGUGGGAGGCUGGUCUGAUAAAGCUGAAUGUCGUUAUAUCUGGAAUAAUAAUGAACUUGGUCCAUUAUAUACCAACAUAGUCCGAAGUGACCACGUGGGUCACUUUUCACCACCAACACUAGCCAUCCCCACCAAUGUUCAAUUAAAUAAAGCUUGAAAUAGUGACGUCAUGAAUGCUGGAAGGCCCUAGCAAGAUCGCGAGCGACCUGCCUCACAUAAGGUAAUGUACAAACUGGACACAGUAUAAGUGUUUUAUUUAGUUUAGCAAUUUGUUAUGUACUAUAAUACAAUACUUUGUGUUUCAUGAACAGAAUUAACUUUCUUAGGGCAUAAUAGUAUGGUUUUUGUUGUUCAUGAACCUAUUUCAUUAUUUUUGGGCAUAAUAUCAGGUUUUCUUGUCAUUUGGGAACCUAACCAUAUUUUUCCCAUUCAAUAGUACGCUAUUAACUAUCUGAAAAUUCAAUAUCCGAAAGGUUUUCAAGGAUCCCCAUUCGCACCGCUCGGGAUACUUGUACAGCAAACCCUCAAUUAAUGCAAUAGAUACCGUAAUUUUUUUAGAAACUGCAUUAUUAUUAAAUUUUCAGAAAUCAACUACUGGUAAUAAAGAGCUUGUAUUCCAUUAACUCAAAAUCAUACUGGCAAUACUGUAUUGUGCUACCCACAAAAUCUCACUUUUCACGGGGGGAGGGGGGGUUCAGCGCUACACAUUACUGUACUGUAAAUGUUAAGUCUGAUGCUAUAUGUGCUCACACACAAACUGGCUUGUAAUAGGUAGUGCCUUUUACUCAUGGAGUGUACAGGUUAUCCAAAUGUGUUAAUUUUCUUAACAACCAUUCAGUUUUAAAAUUUUCGUAUAAUGAAUAAUAUAAUAAACCAACAAAAAAAAUUUUAUUUUAUAUUUACAGUAUAUUUUGCAGCAAAGUUUAUUAUGUUUUAGUUUAUUUUUGUACUUUACACAGUUCAUGUAACAUUAUUAGAGGUGUUAUACAUAAAAAAAAAAAAAAGAUAAACUAAAUACUGUACAUAAUCCUACAUUGCUCUUUUCCCCCUGUUCAUGAUUGUUUACUUGAUUAUCUCAAGCUUAGUUUCAAUUACCACAGGAUUGCGUGGUCUGCCACUGUGUACAGAUUCACAAAAAGAUGGUAUGAAUGCAGACACGUUAAGAGAGAGCUCUUCACUUGCACCAAACAGAGGAUAAGUGGAGCAUGAAUGAAUGCAGGAGGGAGGAAUAAUGAUGUCAUGUGCCAUGAGCAAGAGUAAGUUCCUGUAUAUAGGGGGGGAGCAAACUGCUCUCCCCUCCCCCAGCUGACUCACAGAUCGUGCCAUUUGUUAGAACUUGUUUGACACUGGUAUUUUUAUUUUUUUAAUUUUUUAGAGGAUGAAUCUUUUCAUAAUUUAUUGACAUCAUUUUUAUAAUUCAUAGUGCCCCAAAUGGAUAUAAAACAGUCACAACAAUGUAUUUAAAAUUAUUGGUUGAAAAGUUAACUCGGUAUGGGUGUUGCAUUAACAACAGCUUCUAAAAAAAUUCAAGCCUCCAACUCGAGAACUAAAACCAAGUACAGUACAGUAUUUGUGAAAAUAUCUGCACUUGUUUUUACUAAUAGUUUACACUAAUACUGUAAAUAGUUUGUAAAAAGAAUGAGGGCUCCAGCUAGUUUACAUAACGGGAAGAGAGAGGUAAAGGGAGAAACCAUGUAAAAAAAAAAGGGGGGGGGGAGUAUUGAGUAUAUGUUAGGUCACCAAGUAAUGCUGCACAGUGAAUCCCAAAUAAAAGAAAGGCAAUAUCUUUACUUCUACCAAGGCCAUUCAUAAGUUGAAUAACAACAUCAGCCAUGUGUGUUUUAACUUGCAACUCUUUUCCAUUCAUUUUGUCUCAACUAAAUACACUGAACCCUGAAAGGAGGACCAUCUGUCUGAAAAAGCCGAAUGUCCGCAUCUUCCAGCGAAUGUACAAAAUGUAUAAAAACA